AUGAAUGGAGAAGUUAUAUUAAGUUCCCAUAUAUCAUUAGAUGCGAAAGCAUCAAAUUGGUCAUUCGGUGAUAAAUUGUCAAUGGAUACUACUAACCAAUGGGUAGAGUGCGAUAGUUCUUCUUCUAAAACGCAACCUUUAAUCGAUCAUGAAUCGUAUGAAGCAAACGAUAACAAUACAAACUGGAACAAAUUCAUUUCUGUGUUGGCGAAGAAAAUGGAUAUUCGAAUGAGAAUUUUCAAUAUCAGAAUUUUUACUGAUAGAAUUCAGUGUUCGACGGACAAAUUUCGCCAGAAAUUUUCGAAAUUUACCAGCAAAACCUCUUAUUAA